UACUGUAUAUUCCAUACUACGUCAUAAGGCAAAGGAAUGUAUGUGAUCAGAAGAAACUGGAAAUACCGUUUUAAUCCAGAUUCUAUUUUCUUCCUGUUUUCUAUCUUUCAGGGACGGUGCUUGGUACUUUAGGUAUCUACUUACCACUGAGCAUGGAAAAAGCUUAUCGCCGUUCAGGGCUGACUAAAGCAUUGAGAAGCAAGCCCUUUUGAUGGAGGGGUAUUCUUCUGAUCAGAAUUGUGGCGGGGGGCUUUUAUCGCCCAGACCUUUUUCUGAUCACAAGAUGGUUAAUGCCAUUAAAGAAAUCUCCGCCACACUUUUUCCUUUUCUAGUCUUCCACAACUUUACUUUAUCUAUCUUAGCUAGUCGAAGAGGUCUUUCACCAAUCAAGUUUUCUCCACCACUCAGCUUCGUAUAAAUGCAUUAUACCUCCUCGAAUAUCUGAAACAUGUCCCCCAUAUAUUUCCAUCUUCUCCCUGUUAGUUUCUCUUACACAAAGAAUGCACAAAACAGACGCAAAGACUAUCGCCAGUCUUUGCCUUGGUGGAAGUAGCACCUUCCUGUUGGAACCGCACCCCGAGUCUCGAGUAGACCGUACAAGGACCGACGACAAUGAAUUACUUGCCGAGAUUGGAUACAAAGCCGAGCUCGGCAGAAAGUUCAACACUGUCCAAGUCUUUGGUGUGGCUUUCUCUAUCAUGGGCCUCCUACCUUCUAUCUCCUCCGUUUUAGGCUUGGGCCUUGAAGGAGGUCCGGCGGGUUUGGUUUGGGGCUGGUUUAUUGCCUCUUUUUUUAUUUUGCUGAUUGGUGUUGCCAUGGCUGAAUUGGGGUCGGCUAUGCCCACUUCCGGUGGUUUAUACUACUGGACCAACUACUAUGCUAACGAUAACUGGAAGACGUUUCUUUCCUUCUUGGUGGGCAACGUGAACUCUUUAGCCUUGGUGGGUGGCUUCUGCUCCAUCAACUAUGGGUUUGCGGGUGAAAUCUUAUCCAUAGUGGUAAUCUCUAAGGGCGGUGAUUUCACCAUCACUAGCGGGAUGACUUAUGGCGUCUUCGCUGCUUGUGUCAUAAGCCAUAUAAUUGUCACGCUGUGUGCUUCUUCGGGUAUCUCCAAACUUCAGAGCUUUUCUAUCGUGUGCAACGUUGGCUUGAUAGUGUUGUUUCUCAUUGCUAUUCCGAUCGGGACCGCCCGAUCGCCCACUCAGUCCUUCAACGACGCUGGGUUUAUCUUUGGAAGCGUAAAGUCCAUGACGGGGUGGACCCCCGGAUGGCAGUUUGUCCUUUGCUGGAUGCCGGCUAUCUGGACUAUUUGCUCGUUUGAUUCCUGUGUUCACAUGUCUGAAGAAGCGAAAAAUGCCACCAGAGCCGUCCCAAUUGGGAUUGUCGGCUCUAUUAGCGUCUGCUACGUUUUGGGGCUCGUCAUCUGCAUUGUCAUCGGGGCCUGUAUGACUCAGGAUAUCGACUCAAUCGUUGGCACCAAACUUGGCCAGCCGAUGGCGCAGAUUAUCUUCAAUGCGUUGGGGAAAAAGUGGGCAAUGGCCUUCAUGACCUUGAUUGCUUUCUGUCAGUGGUUGAUGGGGGCUUCCAUCUUGACGGCAAUCUCGAGACAAAUCUGGGCUUUUUCCAGGGACAAUGGUUUGCCAUUUUCGGGGGUGAUUAAGGUUGUCAACCAGAAGUGGUCGGUACCCAUCCGGGCUGUAAUUUUUGGUGGCAUCCUCUCCUUAAUCAUCGGUUUGUUAUGUCUCAUUGGUCCUACGGCCUCUAAUGCGUUGUUUUCCUUGGGUGUUGCGGGUAACUACUUUUCCUGGGGGACCCCUAUCUUAUUGCGGUUGACCUGUGGCAGGGCCAAAUUUGUCCCUGGGAAGUUUUACAUGGGUGACUUCUGGUCACCAGUCAUCAGCUGGACGGCGUUUGCCUUCCUUGCGUUUGUCAUCGUCAUGAUACAUUUUCCUUCCAUCCCAGUGGUGAACAAAGAGACUAUGAACUACACCUGUGUGAUUACACCAGGGGUGAUGAUCUUAUCGUCGAUUUACUACGUGUUAUACGCUAAAAACUAUUAUUAUGGCCCACGUAAGACUGUGGAUGAUGCCGCUAUCUACGGCGUGGCACUGGGUGAAAGCUCCUCAGACGUGGAAGUGGUUUUGGCCGAGAAGAAGCAUUAGGGGUAUGGUGUCGUUUUUAAUUUUCUAUAGCUGUGUACCUAGGAAAGAUAAGCUAAUACCGGAUUCUAAGCCAUUUUGGUUUUGUUUUGUGGAAUCGAAAUAGUCUAUCUUUAAGUUUCGGUUACCCU